AUGGAUGAGGAAAUUACUUAUGCUGAUUUAAGGCAGCAUGCAGGCUGUUUGUCUCCUGCAAAGCAGCAGCACGUGUGGGCUCUUCCAGCUCGGUGGCUCUUCCAGAAGGUCGGUGUGCUGGGGCUGCUGCUGCUGCUGCUGCUGCUGGUGGGGCUCAGCGUGUGGGUCUUUCAGAAAACAACUCCACCCCCAAGCACUGCCCAGCACUGCCCUGAGACCAGCGGGACCAGGGGGAUGCAGCUGAGUGGGAACGCCUCCAUUGAGCAGUUCUUCUGCCAAUCCACACCGAACAGCUCUGCAGCCCCUGCUGCCUGCCUGCUCUGUCCCCAGUUCUGGAGGCUUUUAGGGGACCAAUGCUACAGGCUUUCCAUGAGAAAGGGGAACUGGACACAAGCUAAAAGGGAGUGUGAAAAUCUGCAGUCUCAGCUGGUGGUGCUCCGGAAGAAGGCAGAGAAGGAUAACCUCAAGGAGAUUGCAGGUGCAGUGAAUCAACCGGUGUGGAUUGGAUUGGAAGUGUCCAAAAAUCAAUGGAAAUGGGUGGACAACUCCUCCUUCAACACCACAGAGUUUGGCAAUCUUGCAUCGAUGGAGAAUCACUGCAGGACCUUCAAGAACACAGAAGUGGAGGACGAUGCCUGUAAUGGUGAACAUGAAUGGAUCUGCCAGAAAGAACCUUUGCAUCUCCAUCCAUAAAGUGUAGGAGGCAGAGGGCAGUGCAGCCCCCCUCCCCAAUGUGUGCCCACCCCAAAAGCCCCAGUCGUUGGGGUGAAG